GCAGCCUUUGGCUAUAUGCGUUUUGUGAGCAAUCUGAUAGUAGUUGUGGCCACAAACGUUUUAGUCUCAGCAUCGAAGUCAUCUUGCAGGAAACUGUCAACUAUGUGCGCUUCACUUGCUUCGAUUGCAGAUGUCGAUAUUGACCCGAAAGGAGUGUUCAAAUAUAUCCUCAUCAAGGCAACUGACAAAGAAUCUAAGAGUGAAAAGCUGAUCGUUCGAGGAUAUAAACAUUGUCAUUUUCACGGUGACAUUUUCGAGGAGACGGAAAAUGCUCUCGGAACGGCAUUCAAGUUGAAGUGUCUGGGCGGUGGUCGUAUCAAACAUGAACCGGAAUCAAGCGAAAUACUCGUCUAUGGCUAUUCUCAGGGUUACGGUCCAGCAGAUCACCAAAAAACUGUCGAUAUACUCAAAACGAAAUAUCCAUCUUAUAAGAUAACAUUCUCAAACGAAGGUUACUGA